GAGGUCGGAAUUUCCGGCAAAUAUGGCACCCGAUACAGCUCCUCCCUGAGAAAGCAGUGCAAGCGAGUUGAGAUCGGUCAGCACGCUCGCUAUCCUUGCACUUUCUGCGACAGAAACACCGCCAAGCGAGUUGCUUUUGGCAUCUGGAAGUGCCACGGCCAAGGGUGUGUUAAAGUUUUGAGCGGCGGCGCUUACCUGCUCGCUACGCCUGCCGCCGUCACUGCCAGAUCGACGCUUCGACGUCUGCGCGACAUCGCGUCUGUCCAGACAGGCCGAGCUUAG